ACUCGGUGUAACUUACCAUUCGGGACUAGACGGACAGCGCGCGUCUCUGUAACCAACUCGCGGUGUGCCUGCAAUUUGACGGGCGCUAUAGAUGCCAAGCGUCACCUGACCGCCCAUGGCAUGCCUUGAGCGUUGCACGCGAGGCCCCUCUUCCUCCACUUUGUUGCGCUCUGGAGACGCAGCAUUGCAUCGCAUCGCGACCCGCUGGCUCCACGGAUCUCGGUCAGCUUCAUCGACCGCAUGUGUACUCGCCGGUCGUGGGGUCAAUCGCUGCGGUGCGCCGAAAGCCGGCGACACGGCGACCAUGUCACUAGCAAAACGAAACAAUGGCUGCGUCCAGUGCCGCAUUCGUCGCAUUCGAUGCGAUAAAGAGGAGCCCGAGUGUUUCAAAUGUCGUAAAAAAGGCAUUUGUUGCUCCGGCCAAGGGAUCGAAUACCGCUUCAGCUCCCACAUGAGCGUACCGCAAUCUUCCAAGAACGACGAUGCGCAAGAGCUCAAUCGCGAUGGGCUUCAUCAGGCGAGCCCAGGGUCCAAGCCAGGAAGACGGCUGCCGCGACGACCCGCCCAGUCCCUUGACAGAGACGAUGUGCAGCCAUCAAAACCGGGAAGAUUAUCAGCUCGCCGCCACGAGCAAGCGUCAACUCCCAAGUCGCCGAGUGAAUUACCAGGCACUCCUCAGCUCCAGCUCCAGUUCCGGCUCCAGAUGCCUUCUCAGCAAGGGUCUCACGCGAGACGUGAAGCGACACCCCCCGACGAACGAGAGCUCUGUUUGACUACGCUACGUCAAAGAAGCGCAGCCCUGGGACCACUGCGUGGCUCCUUGGAAUCUGUGACCUCGCGAAGCAGAAUGUUUUUCGACCAUUUCUCUAAUUUUAUUGCCGCCAAGAUGGUGGUGUUUGACUACGCAGGAAACGGCUAUCGGCAGAUCAUCUUGCCUCUCGCCUGUCAAGAUCCUAUGGUUGAGCAAGCUGUAUCGACUGUCGCUGCCUUUCAUCUCGCGCGAGAGGCACCCAACAUGCGCGAAGCUGCCGAGUUGGCACAACAGGCUGUCCUAACACGCCUCUAUCGCCAGUCUUUGAGCUUAGAUUCGAAACAUUUGUUCGACAUCGCUGCUUGGGCGACGAUUUUGGCCUUACUUGUCGGCGACACGAUAACUGGUUCGAAGAAUUACAUCCGUCUUCUCGGCCUGCUUUCGUUCCUUGCCAAAUUGUCCGAAUCGGCGACGUCCCUGUCCAGUACGACCAAGGCGUUCAUUUCGGAACAGACACGCAUGUUCGAGCUUUUCGGUCUCCCGCUGUCGAGCGAACAAAAGGGCAUCGAGGCCCUCGGUCGAUGUUCCGAGUUCUACCUAGAUUUCAUGACCGCUGCCCCGGCGCGAGAUCUAGGCUCAAGACAACGCGAGAAUAUAGGAAUUAUGAAGGAUGCAAUAUGCAAGGCCUGCGACAUCUAUCGUCGUCGCGCCCUACACAUCAUCACUGCGGAGCAGUCCAUUCAGCUGGUUUCGGACUUGCAAGAGACUGUAGCAGGCUUGGAUCCCAAGGAAGACGGCGGCCAUACCCUGGUCUGGACAUACUUUGUGGCGGCUGCAGAGAGCUCCCUGCCGCAACACCGCGAUUUCUUUGUCGAUCGCCUGAAGAGUUUGUUCGAGUGCACGCGAUUCGGCAGCAUUCCUAUUGCGCUUGAGACCCUGGAUUUGAUCUGGUCGGGACACGACUCGUCACAUUGGACUGAUGUAGUGACCCGUCAGAGGCCAUUGCUUAUAAUGUGAGAACAUCAAGAUGUAAUUUUUUUUAAUUCCUUUCAAUUUCAAUUUAGCUAGCCAAAUUCCCAAAAGUUCAUCC